AUGAGCACUAUUAUCAAGGGCAAGAAGGUAGAAGAUAACGGUAAGAAAAAUAAAGAAAAAACCAAGAAUACCACUAAGGGGCCAAAAAAGAUACUAAAAAGAGCACCACAACGACCUGCAACAAUGCCAUUUGACUUGUACAUUUCGCGAAAGAAACCAAAUUUUAUUGGACAAUUGGAACGUGCUAAAAAACUACUUCUUCAGGAGAGGUAUCCUAAAAUCAUAAUACAUGCUCUCGGUCCUGCGAUUCCAAGGGCAAUCGACCUUGUGAUGCAAUUAAAUGAAACAACACACAAUCAGAUAGAAUACAAAACAACUACGAGUACGGUGUCGUUGUUUGAUGAUAUUGAACCAGAAGACGAAGAACAGGACUAUGAAAUACAAAAAAGAUAUAAUUCCGCCGUGCACAUACAAGUCUCGUUAAAGAAGGGCGUAUUGGACGAAAGAGGAUCAACCGCAACAACUAUGGAAUUAUGA